CUUAGUCAAACAUCGGCACAGUCAACAGCUUGCGAACGUUCUCUCAAACAGUUCGAGCUUACCACCUCCGACAUCAUGUACAAGGCCGUGCUGAUCCUCGCCGUCGCCGUGCUGGCCUGCGCCAACGCCGGAGUGAUCCUGGGCGCCCCCGGCCUGAUCGGCGCCCCCGGCCUGAUCGGCGCCCCCGGCCUGAUCGGCGCCCCCGGCCUGAUCGGCGCCCCCGGCCUGAUCGGCGCCCCCGGCCUGCUGGCCGCUGCUCCGGCGGCCGUGGGCAUCGCCCCAGCCCCGGGCUACGUGGCCGUCACCAGGGGAGCCGUGCACGUGGCUCCUCUGCCGGGCAACGUGCCCUAUGCCAGCCACCACGUGAACCUGGCCCCCGCCCCCGGCACUCUGUGAGCGGCGACACCACCCACCUCCUCGCUCCCUCCUCCUUAUUGUUCAUAAAUAAACUACAGUAAUGUUUUCAACUAUAUCGGUAUUUUUUUUUGUAACAACGGACCAAAUUGGUGUUUGAUGUAUUAUUCCGACUGUGAACUAUAGCGACUGCCCACGAACUCACAUUCUAGUAGCACUUCUAAAUAUAUAAAUUGACAGUCAUUCAGCAAAAAUGCUGCAAUUGUAGUCAAAUGUGCCGGAAUUGCAGACAACUACUCUCGUGAGGGCUGGAUCACUGGCAACACGAGCUCCUAAGAACCAUAGGGAAAUUGAUACGUCAUUUAACAGACGGAUAGUCUGACUAUAUGUUUGUAUGCUUUAAGCUCUAAUAAUAAUAUGAUCAUGUUUAUCAUUUAACCAAACAUGUCGAUAUUACAUAAUAAAUAUGGUUCAUCAAAGGCUCGUAUUUGCUCACUUAACUAUGUUGCCCCUAAUAAUUGGCUAUUAGGUACAGUAAAUUCUCUUGUUUCCGGAAUAAACUAAAAGUUUACUUACAACAUUUCAACCAACUUCCCUUAUUGCCAUAGUGUACAGAUGUUCUUCAAUUGAUUAGCAAAACCUUUCCAAACUAAGGAAGACAACUGUAAUUUUAUAUGAAAGUAUGCGGAGUGUAUUCGAGCAAAAUCCACAAUGCCCGCCAAAUAUAUCCUUACGAAAAAAUGAUAAUAUUACUUAUCACCCCCUCCUUACCCUCCUAAAAGAUGAGGAAUAAACUAAUGUGUUCUUAAUAUUGAAUUUAUUGAAUUCUAAUUUUAAAUAAAUUCCAGAAACAACUCAGCAUGUAGCCAGCAAAUAACGUUUCUAAUAACAAAUACCUUAUUUCUGUGAAUAAUUUGUU